UUAAAUCUGGAUAGCUCUAAUGAAACAUGCUUGAACAGUCAAACUACAUUCUGUAUUAAAUACAAUUAAACAGAUUAUAUCGAACGAAACACAGCUUAGCGAGAACUAAUUUCAAAUAAUGAAUAUACAUUAGAAGUGUGAAAAAAGUUGUAUCAAUGACGGAAGUUGAAAGAAGCAUGACAGAAAUGCACGAAAGGGCACUAGCUACAUGCUUCGUAACAAAGAAAAAAAAAAUCACGCAUAUUCCAGUCCGAAGAAACAAAAUACUUUACUUAGCUUUUAUCAAAGUUGUCGCCAUUAUCGAACACGCUAGAGAAGUUGUUUUUGGCCUUUUGAAGGCAACGAAGCGUACUGCGAUGGCCUUUGAUGUCGUCUACGAGCAAACUGACAGCGUAAUGUAUACUUAUUUUUUGUUAAACGCAUUUAUGUCAUAUUGCACUCUAAAUUGGAAACACAUAAAUUUAUUCUUCCCUCCAUCAGUGAAGCUAACGAACAAAUAUGUGUUCCUGUUUCUAUUUACAAUUUUUUUUACUAGCUUUUACAGUGAAAGGCCUUAAUAUAUUCAAGUUAAUUAUAAUCGCGUGUGAUAUUUCUGAUAGCUAUAAUCUUUCGACAAAGCUUAUAAGGCAUAUAUGCAAAAUAUGAUCUUAGGCAAUAUGUAGAACAGUUUAUUAGAGCACCAACUUGCGGGAAAGUCUCGCACCCUGUCCAUAUUUAGAUAAUAAGAAAGAAAGCAUAAAACAGGGAAACUCAGAGUCAAAUAUAAGAAUGUACAGAAAAGACGACAGAGAUCUACUUUUAUAGGAAGCUUCUAAUAAUGUUAAACUAAUAUUGCUAGGUGACGGUCAGUUGAAUCAAACUGAAUAACUUUUAACGCGGCAUAUGUUACCACAGUUAAUUGUUUGUUGUAGUCCCAUGUGUGCAGUGGGGCCUAUUACUCGUCUUAAUAUAUUGAAGUAAUAGAAAAUUUAUUUUGUGAAUCGAUGACAUUGUUUCCAAGUUUGUCAGCAACAGCAGCACUUACUGAAAUAGGCUCCAUGAAACCAAUACAAUGCGCCUUACUGAUCUCCUAAAACGCGUUUCGGCUCGUUAAUGACAGCGGUAGCCAAAGGAACGAUCGCUAAGUCCUAAUAAUAUCUCCUAAAAGCCGUUCAAUUUCUUUGCGUACAAAAACUGUGGUCCUGCCGCCUGGACAAAGUUGGGCAGCUUUUAGUCUUGUUCUAUGAGUCUCGUUUCAGAUUCGGAACAUUCGCCCGGAUUCUGUUUAGGGCACGUUAACAAAACGUGUCUUGAUGGUCCUUGCAGUUAUCAAAGGCACGAUCUACAAUUAUCUUUAAAUAUCGAUAGUUUUUAACAAGUUGAUAAAGGUCCAGAGAACCAAAGUGAUUAAAAAUGCAUGAUUACAACAGUAUAAAACAACCGUACAAAAAGUUUUCGAAAAAACGAUCGUAGUUUUAGAUUCAGUGACGUUGCUACCGGCAUCGGGAUUUUAAGUCAAUGUCCCUAUUAGUUUAAGCUGUGGCCGAAGUACAAGGCUUGCUCUCAAACAAAGCAUUAUAAAGGUUUAUAGGAAUAAAAUGAUCCGCCCUCUAAUAUAAAUGCUUAUUGUUGCUGGGACCCGAACACUUAACAUUGGCAGUGCUUUACAAUGCCACUGCUCAGUAUUUGUAAAACUUCGUCCUUUCUACUCAUUGUUUAUUACUGCUUACCAGAACUUUGCGGUGAUUGGAAACGCUCUAGCAGACGGACUGAUGGGAGCAAGAAAACAUGGAAAGCUCUACUCUUACGACGCAGAGUGGAUUACCCGUAGUAACAAAAACAACGAAGUUAACUACCUGUAGAUAAAUGUUGUAUUAUUUUUGGAGCUACGCAAACAAUUUGAGUGGGGUGACUGUCUCAUUAAAUCAAUACAAAAUUCUCCUAACGUUUUACUUGGCGGAUUGCGGGUAAUGUCUGCUAAAAACCGAAAAGGCGGCACUAGUUCCCUAGAGGAUGAGUCUUCUGCUGAGAAAUCCAGUCGCUUGUUCAAUGAGUUUCCCAACGAGAUUAAGACCCCUAUCACAGAAGUCAGGCCAAAUCUUUGGGACCGAGUCACCCUUGGACAUUACACAGGGCUUGUUUGGAAAGCCUUUCGCCAGACGGUGACGCCAAAGGAUUUGUUACCUCUGCAUAUCGAGUAUUCGGCGGAAGAGUGUUGGCGACGAUUUCAGAAACAGUGGAGGGGUCCCGAGAAAAGUAUGGCCAGCUAUCGUGGGGACAGCAGUACGCGCAAAGCUGAGCCUUCGAGUUCUAUAUCCUCGGGCAAAUCUGGUAAGCCACCGAAAAGCCGAGGCGUAUCGUGUAGUCUCAUGAGAGCUUUCUGCGGUUUCAUCGUAACUAGCUCCAUACUUGAAAUCUGCUUUGAUAUUUUGCGGUUAGCUCCUGUUUAUAUCUUAAGUCGGAUGAUCAACUUCAUCUCCAGCGAUGAGUCUGAUUCCGUGGGCUAUAUGCUGUGCGGGGCGAUGUUCGCAGUGUCGAUCCUCAUGUUGCUUUCUCUCAAUGGCCUAGUCUUUGUUAGCUGCUGCGGUGGCGUACAGAUUCGUUCAGCUCUCCUGGCCGCAAUCUAUCGAAAGUGCCUUGUAGUUUCAAAUGAGUCGAGUCAACAGUUUACUAGCGGUGAUCUCAUGAAUAUGAUAUCUGUCGAUAUCGACAACGUGUAUCAAUUCACGAUGUAUUCAACUCUAGUUUGGGGCGCUACCGUUCGAAUUCUUUCCUCAGUGGCAAUCAUUUGGUAUUACUUGGGGCCCUCGUCUUUGGCAGGUGUUUCUGUCAUUGUAGCAUGUAUACCUAUCACUGUAGCCCUCAGCAGUGCCAUUGCACGGUAUCAGGACCAGCAGAUGGCGGAAAAGGACAAACGGUUAGACGUUCUAAACGAAAUUCUAUCAGGCAUGAAAAUGAUCAAACUGUACGCCUGGGAGAUACCGUUCAUUAGCAAAGUUCGAAUGAUCCGAGCUAGAGAGACUGGCUAUCUCCGAAAGUAUCUUCUGGGCCAAGCAUUGUUAAGUCUUGUCUGGUACUGCAGUCCAUUCUUGGUAACCGCUACGGCGUUUGGAGCUUAUGUGCUGUGCGGCAAGAAUCAUGUGCUCACCCCGGACAAGGCGUUCGUAUCGUUGUUCCUCUUUAACAAUAUGCGUUUUUCACUAACGUUUUUGCCAAUAACCAUCACAAUGAUGCUCAAAGCACUCGUAUCACUCGAGAGAGUCCACAAAUAUCUACUGUGCGAAGAAAUUCACUCGGAAGACAUCACGCAUUACGUUCAAGAAGGUGAAGAUAUUCGACUUUCAAAUGCUUCCUUCAGCUGGGGUGGUCCCGAUCCAACGAUAUCAAACCUGAAUUUGACUGUUAACAAAGGCGAGCUAAUCGCUAUCGUUGGUAAAGUCGGUUCUGGCAAAUCUUCACUUUUGAAUGCGAUUCUCGGCGGAAUGAAAAAACUGAAAGGAACCAUCGAUAUCAGAAAAGAAUCUGUUGCCUACGUACCUCAACAAGCUUGGAUUCAAAAUGAAACUAUCAGACAAAACAUUAUUUUCACCGCGUUAACUGAUGAUUCGUGGUAUAGGGAAGUGGUGGAAAAAUGUUGCAUGCUACCUGAUCUGAAGCUGUUUCCCGCCGGUGAUAGAACCGAAAUUGGAGAAAAAGGAGUUAAUCUAUCCGGAGGUCAAAAACAGCGUAUUAGCAUGGCUAGGGCAGUUUAUCAACGGGCGAAAAUCUAUCUUUUGGAUGAUCCGCUCAGCGCAGUCGAUGCACACGUUUCCUCUGAGUUGUUUAAUAACGUGAUUGGUCCAAAAGGCCUAUUAAAAAACUGUACCCGUGUUCUAGUCACGCAUUCUGUUGCUGUUCUACCAUUUGUGGACCGUAUCGUAAUUCUCGAAAAUGGCAAAAUUGCCCAUAUGGGAACGUAUCAGGAUAUCCUAAAAAUGGACAUUAAACUUAGGAGAUUUUUCGCUGAAAAAAGACAGCAUACCGGAAAAAAUGAAACCGGUAUAACUGGCACCCGUCUCCGUCCAGAGGCAUCAUAUUCAAGCUCUCGUAAAAUCAGUGCAUCUUCGGUCCAAGUGGACGAGUCACUUUCGUCUUCGCCUCUUCACGGCGGUCUCAAGGGCGGAAUGGAAAAAUCGAAAGGCGCCCUGAUCGGCGAAGAAGCCAUGGAGGUUGGUGACGUUAAAUGGAGCAUCUAUGGCAACGUUAUGCGCAAUUUUGGUUUUUUGAUGGCUUUCCUAUGUAUUGUAGGAUUCACUAUCUACCGUACUGCAGACGUCUAUUCAACAAUAUGGCUCAGUGAGUGGUCCAAUGAUGGCGUGGAGCUUCUUAAACAGCACAAUAUGACAGAGGAAGACCUUCAGUCAGGCAAAUCGAAUCAGACAGAACAGGUGCUCGACGAGAUUGUUACUCGCACGUGGGAGCGAAUGUGGGUUUAUUUGGGGAUCGGUGGUGGACAGGUGAUCGGAGCAGUCAUCGGAACCUCUUGUCUGGCCAUUGGGUGCUUGUCAGCGUCGUCCACGCUCCAUUCCCACAUGCUUUAUUCCAUUAUGCGUGCACCUAUGUCCUUCUUUGACACUACACCCCUCGGCAGGAUCAUUAAUAGGUUUGGCAAGGAUAUCGACGUAUUGGACCUGGAGCUAUACAUCCAUCUUGACGGAUGGCUGGACGCAGCGUUUCAAGUGGUGGCCACCGUUAUUUUAAUCUGCAUCGAGAUACCAUUUUUUGUCGUUUUCGUCGUACCCAUCUGCUCAAUUUAUUCUCUAACUCAGAAAGUCUAUGUAGUGGCAGCGCGUCAAUUUCAACGUCUUCAAUCUACUACACGGUCGCCUGUUCUCAACAACUUCUCGGAAACGCUAAACGGUGUCUCGAGUAUACGGGCGUAUAGGGUUGAACAACACUUCAUUAAGAAAUGUCAGAUUCGAGUUGACCUCAACCAAAAUUGUUACUUCCAUUCUAUGGCUAUAGGAAGGUGGGCAGCCAUCCGCAUUGAUUGGCUUUCAGCAAUUGUAGGAUGUCUGACCUGCGGUCUUAUCGUAUACUAUCGAGCCGUCCUGAAUGCCGGGGUCGCUGGUCUCAUUUUGUCGUAUGCUCUAUCCGUUUGCGACGCUGUGUCGUGGAUGAUUCGCAUUGCAACUGACGUUGAGAGCGCAGUUGUGGCUGCUGAACGCAUUGAUGAAUACAGUAAUAUCGAGAGCGAAGCGCCCUGGACUCGCGAGGGCGGGCCCGUGCUCGAUGGCAAUUGGCCUCAUAAAGGCGAGGUAACUUUUGUCCGUUACUCGACGAGAUACAGAGAGGGUAUGGACUUGGUGCUCAAGGAUAUCAACUUGAAGAUUCGGUGCGGUGAAAAGGUUGGCGUCGUUGGUCGGACGGGCGCUGGUAAAAGCUCACUCACGCUGGCGCUGUUUCGAAUUAUUGAGCCAGCUUCUGGUAGAAUUAUCAUCGACGAGGUCGACACUUCCAAACUUGGCCUUCACGAUCUACGGUCACGCAUAACGAUGAUUCCACAAGAUCCAAUUCUAUUUCGGGGAACAAUUCGUUUUAACUUAGAUCCUCAAGGUUUAUACACGGAUCAGCAGUUGUACGCCGCCUUGGAGCGGGCUCAUCUCAAGAAGACGGGGCUUCAACUCAACUAUGCAGUGACACAAGGCGGUACCAACCUUGCUCUAGGGAUGCGUCAGCUAGUAUGCCUUGCCAGGGCUUUAUUACGAAAGUCGAAGAUCAUUUUACUGGAUGAAGCGACCGCUGCCGUCGAUAUGGAAACAGACGCCUAUAUUCAGGAAACUAUCCGGAGAGACUUCGCUUCUUCGACGAUCAUUACAAUAGCACAUCGACUAAAUACGGUUUUUGAUUACGACACAAUAGUCGUCCUCAGUGAGGGUCGGGUGGUCGAGAAAGGUUCCCCCAGACUGCUGUUAGCUGAUAGAAAUUCACAUUUCCACUCGAUGGCCGAAGAUGCCGGACUGGUUUAUUAAGUAUCACGUGCUUUUCUUUUACAGUUAGGUUUUAACUAGCACGAGCCGUGAUGAUCUAGAUUAUGAAAGAUUUUGAGCUACUUAAAGUGAUAACGUAACCUGUGAUCAUUGUCCCAAAGGCAGAGAAAUAAAUCGAUGCUGACUGUUUGAAUAUGAUCAUUAACGUAAGUAAAAUAACUUAAGUUGCGUUGCGUAACUGUGCAUAAACAUUAACAGAAGAUUGCUUUAAUAUGUCAGCACUUCACAUGUAACAUAAACUAACAUAUAUGUCUGUUGUUAUUUGUUCUUCUGCGUCGAUACUCAGUAUGUUUCAUACCAAUACUUGCUGCUGCUGCUGUUGGCGAAAAAAAGGAAACGUUGUUCUUGUGGUCGUACGGUGGAAUCGAUUGUUAAAUAUCGUAGAUAUCAUUUGCAAUGUACCACGAUUUUAUAUAUGCCAGAGGCAUGAUGAUGUAUAAUUUUAAGCACGCUAGCCUAACGUCACUGCAGUAGGAGCCUAUCUAUCAUGUUUAGCAAAAAGAUACUCAUGCAUAGCGAAUCCUUGAGCACCAGGAGCUACGCCAGUGCCAUAUCUAUCCUGUGACGAUAGCAAUGAGAGCUCUAUACUUUUAUACUGUACGAUUAACGCAACUGCGGUAAUAAUAAACAUAUUGCAUGGAAUAUAAAUAAAUAAUAUAUUAUAUUGAGUAGAUGUA